AUUCCUCCACCACAAGCUGCACCAAUCUGCAACCUCCCCCUCGAGAUCAUCCAACACAUCGCCACUUACCUCUCCUCUGCAGCAGCAGCAUCCUUCAGCCUCUCUUCUCGAUACAUCUACUACGCCCUCGGCACCGACCGUUUAUCGCUAUAUCUGACGUCCCCUCGCUCCAAGCUCGACCGCCGCCGCAACAUCGAGAUCCUAGAGCGCGCCUUUCCCUCGCACUGGUACUGCGCUUGGUGCGACAAAUUCCACGCCCACGAAAGGGACGGAGGGCCGAAGCGGUUCGAGCGAGAGGAGAAGAGAAACUGUGCGGAAUUCAACAGCUAUCUGCACAGUGGGCGGGAUUACAUGCUCUGCUAUCACCACAUUCGGCUGGCGAUGAACAGGGAGCUGUGGGGAGGAGAGUACGGGAUCCCCCCGAGCGCGUUCAAUCUCCAGCAAGAAAACGACAAACUGAAGAUCGGGAAGAGCACGGGGAGCGCGAGACUAGAAUGCGAGGCUCGUGUCGUAUCGGGCCAUUUUCUCCUCCACGCCACAUACCACCUCACCCUAUCCUUCUCCCCCACGCGCCGCCUUCAACCACACACGUUCCUGUCUACUCUCUAUCCCGCCCUCCCGCACGUCGUAGUCGGGCACCGCAACUCGCACUCCGGCCACACGGGCCUGCGCAGCGCGCUCGAAAGCGCGCUGGCGCGGAACUGGAAGUAUGACGCGCAGCUCUGCUACGUCUGCGCAACCGACUACGCCGUCUCCUGCACCACCACCACCGACCACAGACCGCACCUCAGCCUCUGCAUCGAAGUCUGGCGCGACCUAGGCUCCGGGCGGAACCCGUUCGAUGCGUCGUGGCGCGCACACGGCGAGCUGGGCCGCGGUGUGGAAGGC